CGUUAGUAUAUAUAAAGAAUGUUCAUGAUUGUGUAUGUAUAUAUUAAAGCAUGCUCACUUUUAGAAUGAUUAAUAAAUGUUAUAAAUACACAUAAUUCUUGUAAUGAUUUUUUUUUUUUUAAAUCAAUUAACAGAUUGCUCUAGAAUACCUACAUUUUUAUUAUUUACAAACAACAUUAUAGUGACAUGUGCUUAUGGAAAAAGAUGAUGAUGUUAGUUUUGAUGUAGCAUUGCCAACAAUUGGGUUAGAAACUACUCAUUCAAAAUUCCCACAGUUGGUAUUGAGUGCCAUUGGAUUGAUUGUUGUUUGUGGGGGUGCUUAUGUGUUAUACAACACACAUUAUCUCAGAGUAAAGAUAAAAUUGCCUCCAGGACCUCCUCCAUGGAAUGUGUUUUGCACAUCAAUGCAAUCCAAAAAACCAUGCCAGGCUUUGGCAAAAAUUUGCAAUUGUGAGUAUGGAGGAAUAAUGACUUUAAGUCUGGGAAAAUUUCCCACAAUUCUUAUCACAUCUACAGUGAUUGCAACUCAGGUUUUAAAAAGAUACAAAUUCAAAUUUGGCCAUCCCAAAAACAUUCCUAGGCCAUGUGAGUAUUUGCAUCCAGACAAUUAUCAAAACCUAAAAUGUGUUCUACCAUACAAUUGGACACAAUGGCAUAAGCUAUGGCAAAUUUAUAUUGAUCACUUAUUGCCAGUUGCACAUAAUAUGAGUUUCCAAUCCAUUAAUCAACUUGACAUCCAAAUAAUGCUAAAAAACCUUGAAAAUGAGAUGACCAAAGAAGGUGGCAUGAAGCCAUUUGGAAUAGGAUUACGGCCUCAUUUGCGCCACGCCUCGUUCAAAUUCAUAUUUAACAUUUGCUUUGGGAGACAUGUGGAUGCAAUUGCCGGUGGUGUCGGCUCUCACAAAGACCCCCUCAUGAUGCAACUUGAAGCCUUAUUCAUUGAAGUUAUUAGACUUGGUCCCGCAUUCAUCAUAAGUGAUUUUGUUCCAACAUCACUCCCUUUCCAUUCACCCAUUGAUAUACAACGUGCCGCAAUAUCGGGAACCAUUGAAAAGGUCUUGCUUGAUGUUAUUCGAGGAUACAAGCAACGAGCAAACAUCAAAGUUCCUCGAUCAGAACCUGUUGAUUUACUAGACCACUUAGUUUGUCUUCAAAAGGAUGAACAAUUACAGGACAAAGAAAUUGUUUGGUUGUUGAGUGAAUUAAUAUUGGCCAGUACGGACCAUGUUUCUACCAUUUUGGAAUGGACCUUUGCUCAUCUUAUGGCAAACCCACAAGUGCAAGCAAAACUACAUCAAGAAAUUGAUAUUGUAUGCAGCAAACGAACCAAUAUUUCAACUACUGAAUUUGACAACAUGCCUUAUUUAGUUGCAAUUGUAAAAGAAAGUAUGAGAGUUUCAUCUCCAAUUAUGUUGACAAUCCCACAUUCAACCACAAAAGAACUUAAUAUUGGUGGGUUUCAACUUCCCAUGAAUACUCAAAUUGUUUGUCACCUCGGUGCUUUGGGUCAAGAUGCAAACAUUUAUGAAAACCCAUCAUGUUUUGAUCCAAAUCGAUUCAUUGGGAUAGGUGUAAAUCUUAACAAUGCAUUUGAGAAACAAAAGAACAUUGUCCAUUUGAUGACACAACAAUUUUGUCCGGGUAGAGGGUUGGAAAUUUUGCAUGUGUAUAUCUUUUUGGUAAAACUUUUGCAAUGUUUUGAAUUUUCACAUUUAUAUGUGGAAAUUAUGCCUUUUAAAACAAGUGAUACAGUUGAAUGGGGUGUAAUCAAUGUUUUGAGAAAACCUUUGGUGGCAUGUUUGAAUCCUCAUUUGUGAUUUGAUUAAUAUCUCAUUCUCCUUCUUUUGGGCAUGAAAUGGAGUAUAAUGAUAACAUGUUGAUUUAAAUGAAUAUAAGAUUAGCCUUGAUAUCUAUAAAAAUAAGAAUUUGCAAAACAAUCAAUAAUUUAUUUGAUUGUCGUAGUUGUGAUAAAAUUUCUAAUUAAGAAACUGAUGAUGAUACAACUUAAGAAAAUUUAAUGCUUAUUUGAUUUGUGUUCUAUGGCCAAAUGGUUAUUAAAAAAAUUAUAUCAUGGUUUAGUAGUUCAUAACUAUUAUUCAUAUGAAAACGAAUGAAUUAAUUUUAAAUAUUUUUGAGAAGAUAAUGUGACAUGAAUGUCUGUUUUUUUCGGAAUAUACAAUUGAAUGUUUAAAAAAGUAAUGUCUAGUGUUAUAUUUUGUAAGCUGAUAAAACAAACAUCAGAUGAUGAACAACAUAAGUUAAGAUCUAUUUAGUAAUGCAUUAGUGAUUUUAUCUAACACUUGAUAAUAAUAUGUAGUGUAGUUGUUCCAAGCUUAUAAUGGAUGUUCACAUAAAACUUCAUACCUUUGUUGGAUAAAAAAUAUAUUGAAAACCAGAGUUUCAAAUUAGAAUAUGUUUGUUUUUAAUCAAUUGUAUAAUAUUAGUACAUAAAUGGAACACUAAACCUUCAUUAUAUAUAUAUAUAUAUAUAUAUAAAAUUUCACAACUCAAAUUUAUAUUAAUUAUGCAUUGGAUAUUAGAACUUUAAGUA